AUGGGCAAGAAGCAGCCGCCUGCGGGAAAGCUCGAUGGCAGCGUAUCCGAUGUGGGCGCGCCUACAGAACAUCAACGAAACAUUGCCCCUGCCACAGGCCCCGCGACAAAGAAUGGUGACAAAGGCGCAGCGCGAAAUCCCUUACCCACCAGCAAGAAACCACAAUCAGAAGGCGCCGCUUCGAAUGGUAUGAAGCAGGGCAACAACCGUAACUAUCAAGACAAGACGAAGGCAACGCCGGUAAAGCCUGCUGCCUACGCCGGUUCUACUUUCCAACAAUCACCAGCUGCUUCUAAUCUUCCUCUGCCAAGUUUUUACUCGAAAUCAAUGCCUGCGACAGGCGUUUUGUCGACAACAGUUGAGUCUGCCAUUCCACAGACCACUUCCAUACCCUCCGUCGAUGAUUCUCCCAGCAAGCGAGAAUCUACUCCUUGUGACUUCCUCUUCGAGGCGGCACGACACGCAAAGGCUACACCGCGAAUGGAAAGCCCUGCGAUUCGUUCCGGUAAUCUCUCGGUUCCGAAUGGGAGCCCUGCGUCAAGAUCUCCCGCUCCUCGGGAGGGCGAUUCCAUGUUUCCAUUUGAGCUGGAAGGCGGGACAACUCCAGGAGAAGAUGGAUCGUCGUUCGCUACACCGUUCAAAGAUCGCAUGGAAGCCUUGCGAUCAACCAAGUCAACCCCAUCAGGGAGUAGGAGCAUGGAUGAAAACGAGCGCAAGGCGAAAAGCGAUGCUUUGAAGCAACUCCUCAUGCAAUCAAGUGGCCAAGGUUUCCCAAGUGGUCCCGACCCCGGGGUUCAUGUGAACAACCAGGUGAAGAACAACCCUUUCAAUGCCAGAGCACCCUAUCAGCAGCCACCCUUCUCUGCUCCAGAGCCGCCUCUUAUACCUCAAAGCCCUGGGCGUUCUGCAUCCCUGUACAUGCAGGAGCACGCCGCUUAUAAUCCUCCACUCAACCCUCCCCAAAUGGUCUAUCAGUACCCCGUGGCACAGUCGCAAACGCAGAAGAGGCCAACGUCUUCACGAUUGAGAAAUGUAUACGGAGCACAGAGCGAACCAGAGAUCGCCGAAUUGUCCUCUGACAGCGCUGUCACACCCCCUAUCUCGACAUCACGGCGACACCCGACACGACCCGCAGCACAGUAUGGCUCAGGUGGAAUGGGUCAGCCAUAUCCGACCCAACCACAAAUGCCUGACCACCGACCGAAGCCGAAUGCGCAGCAGUUGGAGGAUGAUUUGCGGCGUGUUUUGAAGCUAGACCUUACCUCGAGAGGAUGA